CGCUCAGUGCUGCCGUCGCGCACGCACGCGCAUGUCGCUCGAACUCGCUCCCGGUGAUGUGAGGUGGCCCCCGCCGCUGCCGCAGCGCCGCGCGAUAUACGCGCUUUUUUCGCGAAGUACGAAGCCAGUAGAAGGCUCGAGAGCCUUCGAGCCGGCAAGACGCCGUCCACCGUGGAUCUAAGGUACGGCGCCAUGGCGGCGACCACGUACAUGCCCGGGGGGGAGCUGGAUAUAGGGAACCUCGGCGGCUACCACGCUGCGUCGCCGAGGAGCGUCGAACCCGCUGACAUGAAGUACCAGCACCACCUGCAGGCCGGCGGGUCGCCGUCCCCCGGAGCCCCGGUGCUCGGCAACCCGUGGGCCUCGCUCCCGCCGGCCGACCCGUGGGCCAUGCACCAGCAUCACGCGCACGCGCACCAGCCCGACGUGAAGCCUCCUCCGGCGCCGCACGAGCACCGCCACCUGCAGCACAGCGCGCACGGCUGGCACGCGCCCGUGGUCAGCCCGCACUACGGCGCCAGCUCGCCCGUGGCGCUGCACAGCGGCUACCCGAUGCCCAUGCACCAGCACCACAUGCUGCGGGACGUGCAGCCCUCGCCGCACCCGCUGCACCACCACCACGCGCUCGAGCGCGACCAGCCCGAGGAGGACACGCCCACGAGUGACGACCUCGAGGCCUUCGCCAAACAGUUCAAGCAGAGGAGAAUCAAGCUCGGUUUCACGCAGGCCGACGUCGGCCUGGCCCUAGGGACUCUGUACGGAAAUGUGUUUUCGCAGACGACUAUUUGCCGAUUCGAGGCGCUGCAGCUUAGUUUCAAAAACAUGUGCAAACUGAAACCUCUCCUUCAGAAGUGGCUCGAGGAAGCCGAUUCGACGACGGGAAGCCCGACCAGUAUCGACAAAAUCGCAGCACAAGGUCGGAAACGAAAGAAGCGCACGUCCAUAGAGGUGUCCGUGAAGGGAGCUCUCGAGCAGCAUUUUCACAAACAGCCGAAACCCUCGGCGCAGGAGAUCACGUCGUUGGCGGACAGCCUGCAGCUGGAGAAGGAGGUAGUGCGCGUAUGGUUCUGCAACCGACGGCAGAAGGAGAAGCGCAUGACGCCGCCCAACACGCUCGGAGGCGAGAUGAUGGAGGGCAUGGGCCACGCGCACUACGGGCACGGCGACGUGCACGGCAGCCCGCUGCAGCACUCGCACUCGCCGCCCGGCCUGUCGCCCCAGCACGCGCUGCAGCAGGGCGCGCACACGCUGGCCGCGCACUAACAGUUCGCCCCGUGGGCGCCGCCGCGGCCCUACUAUGCGGAGCCGCACUAGCCGCACUGCGCCCGCCCGCGGGAUCCUCUGGCCCCGUCCUACGGACCUCCCGUUUAAGUUUAGGUUGUUCUUUAUAAUUUCGUCGCGCGACCGCCAGGUCACAGUGAAGUCAUUUAAUUAUGUGAGUAAUAUUAAGAUCGAAGCCAGUAAUCGUUUGUAACUGUCGAGGCGCCGAGGUUCAAAGUGAUCGCCGACACUGUUUAGCUAGAUAGUCUAAUUGAUAAAUAAGAGCUUAUCUCGGAGGAAGAGCCCGGCGCGGGUGGCGCUCGUACCCUCGCCGGCGGCCGCGGCGAGGCCCCGCACCCUCGAGCGUCGACCGGUGAGUACGGUGACACUACACACACCAGCAUUUCUAGUUUUGUUCAGUGGCAUUAGUUCCCCUGCGGUCCCGCGGCCCUGCCGGCGAGGAGUGCGGAGCGCCAUUCAUUUUUGUAAAGGACGAUUUCAUCGAAUUUAUUUAUAGAUAUUAUAAAUUAACGACGUUCAUACAUGCCUACCUGUCAGUAGGGAGUCAUUGUGGUGUGGAUUAAAUUUAAAUUGUUGCUAUCACUGUACAUUUAUGAUUAGUGCUGAAGAAGACGACGAGGAGAGUAAAAAAUAUGAAUCGGGUCGAAGCUUUGUUUUGUCAGGGAAUACGAGUGAGUCAAUAGGUGCAAUUUACUUUUAUUUUAAGUGAUUCAAUAAACCAAUCGAGCGCUAGAGCAGAAGCGAGGCGUGAUCUGACUCGACAUUUACUCGAGUUGUUCCAGACUCACCAUAUUAGAAAUAAGACAAACACUACGAAAUACAUAGGUGUAAGAGAGACUAGCAACAUAGUUAUGUGACAAGUGCAGUUUUGUUCAAGCUUUUAAAAAGCAACAUGUCAUAUGUAUCAUUGAACUUGUUUGGCAAAUGGAUGGUUUGGAACAACAACGGUAGCUUAGGGUGGCGUCGUCGGCUCAGAAGCGGCGAGCGGCGGCGGCGCAGUUGGCGUCGACCGCCCCGCGCCACUCCCGUCUAGGUCCGCGCAUAAUUUAUUGAAAAUAUUAUUAAAAAUCAAUGCAGACACGAUGCCAAAAUGGUUUUAUUCCUGUUUUUUACUUGUUUUGUUGUUUUUUCGUUUGUAUGUAUUUGUGGCCAACCUUGGUACUUAAUACUUGUAAAAAUAGGUAUUUUUUCUAUAUAAAAUAAUGUACCUACGACGUAUAUGAUGAUAUAUAUUAAAAAAGUUCUUUAUAGAAAUUGAAUUAUGGAAAUGCCUUUUAUUGAAUUGUCCUAGCCGCUGCAACAACGAAAUGCCUAAUUUUAUUCUAAAUAUUAUAAAUUAACGAUUCUUAUUUCAUCCAAAAGUUACUUGGAAUGGGUACUAUGGAUUAUAUAGAGCAUUUACUUAGUUCGUUGUUAUUUAAAUACCAUUUAAACUUAAU